AUGGGAGACAGCGAUGAUGAGUUCGACAGGAGGCGGCGGGACAAGUUCCGAAGAGAGCGAAGCGACAUGGAGCGUUCCCGGGAGCGAGAAGAGAGGCGACGGGACGAUUGGCCGGACAGGGAUUGGGAACGCGGCAGAGAGAGAAGGCGGGACUACGAUCGCGGGCGUAGAGAGAGGUUUUCACCUCCGAGACACAUGAGCCCUCAGCACAAGCGCAUGAGGAGAGACUGGGAUGACCAUCGUGUCGAGCCCUACCGCUUCGAGCAGCCCUUCGGAGGAGGUGCGGCUUUGUUCCCAAGGGUGGGCCCGCAGGGUUGGCCACCCGAUAUCCCUCAGCUCCCCAUACAUCAUGUAGCUCACCCGCUACAGGGAAGGUUAGCAAUGGUGGAUCCUGACCUGCCACCUCCCGGACCCCCAACCAUGAGGAGCUUCAAGGACUUCCUGCUGAACACUGAGGACAGCGUGGACGAGACGGAGGCUGUCAAGCGCUACAAUCAGUACAAAGUGGACUUCCGACGCCAGCAGCUGCAGGACUUUUUCGUCCAGCACAAAGACCAGGAGUGGUUCCGCUCCAAAUACCACCCUGACGAUAUCGCGGCUAGGAAGGCGGAGUCUAUGGCCGCGUUCAAACGCCGUCUUGGCGUUUUCCUCUUCCUGUGGGACAACAAGUGGCUGGACGACGUGGCGCUGGACAUGGAGUACGCCACCGCCAUUAUCAAAGUGCUGGAUGCAGCCGUCAUCAAGAUGGAGGGAGGUACAGAUCUGGACCUGAAGGUGCUAGAGCCUGGCGGGGAGAACGUUAGCCGUGGCGAGUCAGUAGCAAGUCAGAGUGAGGAGCCGGCCGCAAGAGAAGUGGGCGGAGCCCGGUGCGAGAAAGAUGAUGAGGGCAAGGAAAACGGGGAAGAGGAAGAAGAGGAGAAAGAGGAAAAGGAAGAGGAGGAGUCCAAGAAAGGCAGGAAGAGGAAGCGCAGCAUGUCGGCCGACAGCGGCGAGGGCUCCGCUUCCGAUUCGUCGCAGUCCGACAGCGAGAAAGAGCCCCCGUCGCCGGCCAGGCCUCGGCCGCUGCACCUCACCACCUCGCUCUUCAUCAGGAGCGUCCCGCCCGACGCGUCCAAAGAGGAAAUAGCCGCGUUGUGUCGCAGGUUUCCAGGCUUCCUGCGGGUAGCGCUGUCAGACCCUCAGCCAGAUAGGGGGUUCUUCCGCCGGUGCUGGUUGACGUUCGACCGCAGCGUCAACAUCAAGGAGACCUGCUGGAACCUACAGAAUAUUCGGCUCAGGGACUGCGAACUAGCUCCGGUGGUCAAUCGUGAUUUGUGUCGGCGCGUCCGCAGCGUCAACGGGCUGACUCAGCAUAAGCCCGUGGCGAGGAACGACGUGCGGCUGGCCGCCAGGCUGGUGCACACGCUGGACCAGAGGGCGGAGCUCUGGCAGGAACAGCCUACGCCGCAGACGGAGUCCAACCCCGUCUUGAAGAACAUCACCGAUUACCUCAUCGAGGAAGUGAGCGCAGAGGAGGAGGAGUUGACCGGUUGCGAUGCGGGCGACGCCAAAGACAACGUCUCCUCUGAGGUCUCCGUGGAGACAGACAAGACCUUGUUAAAGGUUCUGGACACGCUGCUACUUUACUUGCGUGUAGUCCAUUCGUUGGACUACUACAACUUCUGCCAGUACCCGGCUGAGGACCACAUGCCUCAUCGCUGUGGGCUGAUCCACGUGCGAGGACCGCUACCUGUGGCCAAAAUUACUGCAACCGAAGUAAACGAACAUCUGAAAAUGUGUGAGGAACGCCUGGCUCCAAUACUGAGUCCACCAGAAGUCGUGAGCACAGAUGACGCAGUGCGCCUGGGAAAGAAAGACCCGGAACAGGAAGUGGAAAAGUUCCUGGCGGCAAACACUCAGGAACUCAGCAAAGAUAAGUGGCUGUGUCCUCUGAGCGGCAAGAAGUUUAAAGCACCAGAGUUCGUUCGCAAGCACAUCCUCAACAAACACGGCGACAAGGUGGAAGCCGUCAGACAGGAAGUGGAGUACUUCAACAACUACCUGACGGACGCUAAGAGACCAGCGUUGCCUGAGAACAAGCCACCGCCCCCGCCGGUCCAAGGUAAGCUAGCCGCCCCUGCCGGGUUUCCCGCUCAGUCGCCUCAACAGCAAAGCCUUCUUGGAUACCCGCCCGGUGUCAGGCCUCUGCUGCCCGGAUUCACCGGCGGUCCUCCUUACCCUGUCAACCAGUUCGGCGCCGGGCGCGGUCACUACGACAACUUCAGGGGCUUUCCGGGGAAACAGCCGAUUAACAGGGGUAUGCGAGGAGACCCGCGGUCCAUCAUCGAGUACAGAGACCUGGACGCUCCUGAUGACCUGGAGUUCUUCUGA